AUGCCUCCCAAGAAGAAGGAACAGCAGAAAAUGUCCCUUGGGGACUUUCUGAAUGAUUCAGGUUUUGGUGGAGGCUCUUGGGCUGAUGAGGUCGAGGAAUCCUAUGUCCCUGGUACUCAACAGCUUCCCCCGGCUCGAGAUAGCGCUCGCUCUGGCGGUGGCAUGUCUUCGUGGCAAGAUCGUGGCUACUCUGUCCGCGAAUCCGUUCCCACCAAGAUUCCCGAUAGGCCCCCCUUUACCGCUCACUUGGGUAACCUGUCGUAUGACGCAACCAGCGAGUCCGUGACUGAGUUUUUCGAGGGCUGUGACGUUGUCAGCGUUCGUAUCAUCGAAGACCGAGAGCUACAGCGGCCCAAGGGCUUUGGAUAUGUUGAGUUUGGCAAUGUCGAGGGCCUCAAGAAGGCCUUGAACCUUGACGGAGAGUCCUUUGAGGGCCGUAUGAUCAAAAUCAAGGUUGCUGAUCCUCCUCGCGGUGGCGAUGGCCGAGAUGGCCGAGGUGAAUCCACCCGCGACCUGAGCGACUGGACUCGCCGAGGCCCUCUGCCCGAUCUUGGCCCAUCAAGGGGCCCCCGAUCCGACUUUGGCGAACGACGCCCUCGUGAUCCCGUCUCCGAAGGACGCGCACCCCGUGAGAUGAACUGGGAGCGACGAGGACCUCUGUCUCCCACUGCUCCCCAGGAGUCUGGAUCCCGUGAGAGCAGCCGUGCGCGUGGACCCCAGGAGGGUCUGGGCGAGCGCAGCGAAUCAUUCCGUGGAAACCGCCGCGACCCUGCAACCUGGGGAGAGGGCAAUGGCCGUCCUCCUCGCCAGUACAACGAGCGCCCUGAGCGUCCUGAGCGCGCCGAGCGCACCGCUACUGCCGCUGAAAAGGACUUCCAGUGGCGCAGCAACAUGCGUCCAGAUGCUGCCAACGCACCCGCGGCUGAAACUCCGGCCUCCCCUGGAGCCGCCGCCCCAGCUCAGCCUGCCGGCCGCCCUCGCCUGAACCUUCAGAAGCGAACCGUUUCAGAGGCUGCUGACAGCUCUGCCUCUGCGGCCUCGGACUCCAAGGCCAGCCCCUUUGGUGCUGCUCGCCCCAUCGACACCGCGGCGAGGGAAAAGGAGAUUGAGGAGAAGAGACUGCAGACUAUCCAGGAGAAGCGAGAGGCGGACGAGAAGGCCAAGGAAGAUAAGCGUCUGGCCAAGGAAGCCGCCGCUGCCAAGGCUGAGGCUGAGGCUGAAGCUGAAGCAGAAGCCAAAGAGGCCGCUGAGGUCGCUGAGGCCGCUGAGGCCAAGCCAGAAGCAAAGGCUGAAGCCGAGACAGAGACCAAGCCAGAGGAAGAGGCAAAGGUUGAGGGAGAAGCGGAAAACGGUGCGGCAGGAGAGAAGAUUCCCAUCCGAACCCGAGAGCAGCCCAAGGAGGCGCCGAAGUCAAGAGCUACUGAAUCUGGCAACUGGAGAUCUGAGCCACGAACACCCCGUGGACCUCCCAACCGUGGCGACCGUGGCGAUCGUGGUGAUCGAGCUGACCGUGGCGGCCGCGGAGGCCCGGCCCGAGGACCUCGCAACGAGAACCGCGCACCUCGAUCCAACGGCCAGCAGGCUGCUGCACCUGUAGCAGAGGGCGAUGCCCCUGCCCCUGCCCCUACUGCUGAUGAGGACGGCUGGACCACCGUUGCGGUCGGCAAAAAGGGACGCACCGGUCGAGUGUAA